AUGAAUAAAGAAGAGGAUCAUCUCUCGACCAUGAUGGAUGUUUCCGGAUUGUGGACGAACGAAGAUCUCAAUCUAUUUGGAAUCAAUAUUCAAACUCCAAUUCAUAAAAAGAAGGGAGAUUUGCUAUUUCCAGCAAGCAACGCAUCGUGGGGAGAGCUUGCGAUUGGACUCUCUCCUCUGUUACCACUCGGAAAGGAUGGUUUAAGGGUUUGGGUCGAGAAAAAAGACUCGACUUUGUCUGAAUCACAACAAUGUAAAGUUUCCUCUACCUCUCCACCCAUGAGCGCCUCUAACCUUCUCAAGAAUCAACCAAGUAAGGAAUGUAUGAACAUGGAAAAACGGCCAACAAAAGUCGUCGAUACAGUACCGUAUCAAUCAACAACAACUCGCAAUUCAGCAACACAAUCAUCGCAAACACGAACAUCCUUCUCACAAAACAACAUUCUCCAAAGACAUGCAUUGGACAGGCCUCUCAAAAAAGUUGACAAUAUUCAACAGCAAAAGAAAGAGCUUAUCAGUGAUGAAAACUUGUCACCAAAUAUUAUUCUUUCUCAGCCACAGAAAAUGGAUGAAAAAAUUGUCACAAAAAAACAAAUAAUUUCUCCAAUUCCAAAACUAAACCAAAAAGAAAAACAACCUUCUGGAAAGCAAGUCCUGACACACCCGGAAUCAACAUUUCAUUCUUCAAAACAGCAAUGCACUGCAAAGAAAAUUGAGUCAGAAAACCCUCCUCCACUUCCUUCUUUACCUCCACAACAAUUAAUUCUUAAAUUGUUUGAAGAAAAACAAAAGAGAUUGCUCGCAAAGUUUCAACAUGAUUCCAAUGAAUUACUUGAAUAUAUAUCCUCAGUGAUGAUCGAAUAA